AUGCCUUUCCCUUUCACACUUCCGACUACUUCGAGCAUAUCGUUCACCGAUUACUUCAACAGCAGCACGCAUCCUUCGCUACCGAACUGCGCAACAACAGCGCGAGGCGUACUUCGCGAUGUCCUGAAACGGCACAAGCGCAUCCCUCCUUCAUCGCAAGCCUCGAACCUUUCGACCGUAUUAUCCGCUCUUAAUGACUACAUCCCUUACUUGUUCGCCUUGGAUGCUGGGCUAAGUGGCGCACCUUGCGCAGGAGAGGAGAUCGACUUAGUUCUCGUCAAAGAGCUGGAAGUCGAAUGGCGCUCAACCCUUAGUACCUCGAUGCCUGGUCGCGAGUCAGCGCGAGUCAAGCUCAAAAGUCUGGAGAGCGAGCUCUGCUUCACCUUGUCGACACUGGCAUACGUCUACAGCUUGCAAGCUCGGGCGCAACUGCACACCCUUUACAAUGCUACGCUUCCAAGCCCCGAACAGCGCUCAAUAGCGAUUGGAGCUGCCAUGAAGCACUUCCUCGAUGCGAAUUCGGUCCACACAUACUUGGUAAACAGGGCAGGCCAAUGGUAUUCUCAGCCCGCGGCGAUAGACAUAUCGGCAGCUGUCAUGGGUGCGCUGGCUGAGCUCACCAUGGCGGAAGCUACACUGAUCACAGUGCUGAAGGACGACCCAUACCCAGCUGUUGUGAUCGAGGACAGAAACAAGGACAGUAAAGAUUGGAUGUUCAGAAGUGUUGAGAUACCCAAGGUGCGCGCACACCUUUUCGCCCGCUUGUGCCUCGCUUCUUCUGAGCACGCAGCCAAAGCUCAAGCUAUUCUUGGUCGGUCUUCGAAGGUCGGUGAUGAGCUAGUAAAGUACGUUGACGACUUGCGAAGAACCGCGAAAGGCAAGGCAUGUCGUUUUUUGGCCUGCGACUCUGAAGCUAGUGGGAAGACGGGUGAAGGUAUUGCCUGGUUGCGCGGCGCGAACAAAGAGCUAGGAUUCGCAUCUCUGGGAUCAGAUCAAGAGAAGAAGUCGUUUGGGUUCUCGAAGCUCAAAAAAGAGUUUCAAGAGAAGAAGGAAGACCGAAAGAUCGAGAAAGGUGAAGGGUGGGGUACCGAUGCGGGGAAGUUCGAAGAAGGUCGCAUUGUGGACAUGCUACUGAAGAAGUGGGAGAAGAUGAAUGACACAGUUGGUGUACAGCUUGUUCCGCCAUCGGAGCCACUGCUAGCAAGCAUGCCUUCCGGCCGAGAGUAUCAUACAACGAAGAUGUGGAUCGUGCCUGCUCUCGACGAAGAUUGCCUUGUCCGCAUGAGGGCCCCCCCUGAUCCUAGUGAAGCAUUCGAGGGUGAGGAGGACGACAGUGCAGAUGAAGACCAGAGAACAGCCCCAGGAGCCUUCCCUGCACAUCCUGCUAGCACCAGCUACUAUUGA